AUGUAAGACAUAGUAUCCUGUUCAUCCCCUCACCGACUUUUCUUAUAAAUCGGUCCUCUCGUGAUGUUAGACAGCAAGACAGUGCAGAAGUGAUUGCUAGCAGUAUGGCUGUGAACUCUGUUGAUGGGCGUGGGGUACAGGUGGAUGUUCGGGAACUCUUCAGUUUAUUGGAGUCUAACCAGCUCAAAACUGUGGAUGAAAUCACAGAAGAGAUUCAGCAGCACCUGAGCACCGUGAAGGAGGCAUGGCUAAUGAACAGUUUAGUGGACUACUACUAUAUAGCCCAGACUGACCGCGUCAUUGACAUUCUCACAUCAGUUCGAGAACCACACGACAAGCAUCUUGUAGAAAAAUUAACAGAUGGGAUCCGGAGUGACAAGCACCAGCUUCUGGCAAUGAAGCUUCUCCUCCAUGUUGUGUGUAAACAACCAAUGUGGGUCCACAAACUGAUAAAACCACCCAUAUUUCCAGCUCUCAUCAAAUGUCUGAAGACAGACACUGACAUUCCCCUGCUGAUGACAGGUGUGAUGGCCAUUACUAUCUUACUUCCGGCUAUUCCUUCACUUGUUGGGAAACACCUUCCAGAUAUCUUUGAUAUUUUUGGUCAUCUUAUCAAUUUCAAUGUCAAAAAGCCAAGUUCUCCCAAGGAGGGUAACGUCCCUGAUAUAUUCCUGUUACACUUACAAGUGGCCCUGUACGGACUUUUCCAUCGCUUGUACGGCAUGUUUCCUUACACCUUUCUGACCUACCUCAGACACCAUUACUGUAAAAAGGAAAAUGCCACAGUGUACGAGGAGGCCAUCAAACCAAUGCUUGAGAGAGUACGUCUUCAUCCCCACCUCAUUAAUGGUACAAGAGAAAAAGAAAUGGAUGCCAAGCGAUGGAAGUCUUUGGAGGAUCAUGACGUGAUUGUCCAGUGUGCCAAGAUGUCCCUGGACCAGAUUGAGGGGACGUGGGAGGAGAUAUCCUGUCCUAUCGCCUCCUCCCCCUACAAGGCGGCCCUGACCACUGAGGGCAGAAGCAGGAGGAAAUCUUCUCUUGAAGGGAGAAAGCCAAGAAGUUCAGUGUCUUCCCCACCACAGCUGAGCCCCAAUGUGACCUCGCAGGAUUUAGGUUCCUUUUGGAGCCCCUCCCUGUCUGUGGGUCUGUCUACCCCUCCCCCUUCACAGCGUACCACCCCAGCCACCAGCGUGUUAGAGAGCAGUCUGACAAGUCUGUACCAGGCACAGCAAGGAACCAGUGCCAACACCUCUACAACUGCCACUCCGAGAGCCACACCCCCAAUAUCAGCUGAGGAAGAAAAGAGCAAAGGAAGGUUGAAAGCUCACAGAGAAAUGAAGAAGCUCAGCCUGUCAAGUAAAUCCCUCCCAGGGUCAGUAGAGGGUAAAACUAGUUCCUCCAGUGUUCCCCCCUCACCACUCAGGGCAGAGUUUACCACAGAACCACCCAGAGGAAUCUUCAAGUCCCUCCCUGUGAAGCAGGCCGCCAGGGAGCUUCAGUUUGACGUGGGGUCCGUCAGGAGAAACAUGGGUACCCCAGAACAGAUGACAGAGAUGGUCCAGGAUAGCCCAGUACCAGGGGAGGGGUUACUGAAGGACGCGGAGGUCGAUAGGUCAGACCUGAUGGAGUCGUAUUCUAGAGAUGCCAUUAUGAAAACACAGGCUAUUGAAGAGGACAUUGAUGACCAGGAGGUGUCUGAUCUCACUAAGAAUCCGGUUCCCCCCAUGUUCCAGACAGCCGAGUCCGUGGCCAAAUUCAUGAGGAGCGUCAACAGGAUCCGAUUCAAUAGCAUGACAAACGAGGUCGAAUCAAUCCUAGCACUCGAAAAGCACAGCAGCAGUAAAAGCUUCUCUAGAUCAUGUCCAAACCUACACAAGAUGCCAGUCACAGAGGAGGAAGUAGAGGACCAUCUGUCAAGGUCAGUCUCCACGACCUUCAGGCAGUGUUCAGAGUCAGAUCAGUCAAAGGCCACGGAGGUCAAGGACAUUAGAGCGAGAAGGACAUCCACUCCCAGUACAGCCCCUGAUACAUCUAAAUCCACCAAUGUGACUAUAAACCUGUCAUCCCAUGUGGUCAACAACAUCGCGUAUCAUAGGAAGGACUCUGUAGAUAAAGAUAAGGAUGGUGACUUGAUGAGUCUGUUGAAGUCUAUCCUGGUCCCGGCCAAGGUCGCUGUGUGUCAGAGAUGUAGUGUCCAGUGUCUCACCACAGGGUCUCCAUGUAGUAAGUCAGAUGAAGAUAUGCCUGUCCCUAUAUUUGAAACCUACUCACCCCCUGAGCUGCUGGACAGACACCUACAGUUGGGAGGAAAUAUACACGCCAAACAGCUGAGCAGGAUCCCCCUCACAAACCAGGACUCCAUCAACUGGACACAUUUUGGAGGUAUGCCCCCUGCAGAUGAAGUGAACAUUCUCCGUGGACAAAUCAUUAUGAUGAAGAAUCAGAUUUUAUAUGAAAGAAAUAAAAGAGAACUCCAUGCUAAAAGAAAUAGGCGACUUCUCCGUAAAAUCACAACAGCUAAUGCACUCGAGGAGCAAACAAAAGCACAGAAAGAGCAGAUCAAGAUUCUGGAGACUGAGAUCCAGAACUUAAGGCUGUCCAUGAAAAUUCUCCAGGAAGAAAAUCGCAGGCUGAAACAGACCAAUGAAAGUAAUGAGUAUGAGACUCAAGUGAAACUGAGGGCUUGCUUGAGUGAGUUAGAUGAGCUUCGACUGGCCAAGACAGAGAUGAACACAUUGUUGAUAAGACAGAGGGAGGAUCAAGAUGCCCUGAAAGCUAAGCUGCAAAGUACAGAAGCUCAGCUCUUUCAGGAACAGAGAGUGAAUCAACACCUGAAGGAACAAGUCCAGGUGACACAGAGGCUCAAAGAACAGGUGCUACAGUUACACAAGGAACUGUUAUUGAUGGGAGAACUUCAGGGUAAAUACGAGACCAAGCUCAAUGUCAUCAGGAACAGUCACCACGCCAAGCCGGAGCAGGAGAACAUGAUUAGCACGCUGAGGGCCGAAAAUAAAGCUCUGCGGGAGAAAAUGAAAACAAAUAGACUGAGUCUAGAAGGCUUUGGGAAGAGGGUCCAGGAAUUGGAGGGCAAUCUACAAAAUAAACAACUGACCAUUGAAGAGCUGCAAAGGCAACUACAUUAUGCCAAAAUUUGUCAGCAGGAUGAAAUUAAGGCUGUGGAGGAUAAAUACAACAGCAUAUGCAGCAUUAACCAGAGACUGGAGGGGCAAAUUAUGUCCCUCUAUGGUCAGAUAGACCAACUGCAACAGCCUAAACAGGCCAAAAUUUCCAUUCCACAACACCACCAUGUAUCAGAUGAUAGCACACCCAGAGAGAGAACAGGAUCUGUGCCCUCCAAGCCCCCCAGCGUCAAACCUCUACUUACAAAGAUCAGUAGUGUCCCCUUAGGAUGUGGACUGGCAGGUCCCCCACCCACAGGGGUCAGGACAGGUCAGGAGGGGUCAAGGUCACACCAUUCAGACACAGGGAAGUCAAGGUCGGAGGUGACAGGAGCACACCUGAGUGGGCGGACAGAACGGUCAGAGGAUGCUGUGUCUGUAUCCUCCACGGAAUCGAUGGGGUCCUCUGGGGUCAGGCGGGGGAAUAUACUCCACAGUGAUGGAGAGGAAAAGUCACUGUCCUCUAAAGACAGUGGUUAUAAUAAAUGACUGCCAUGUGUUCCAGCUUUUGUAAUGGUCUUUCUUAAAAAGAACUUAGAGUUUAUGUUUUGAUAAUGUUAACCAUGAUGUCUUUAGAAAUUAACACAGUUAAAAAUGUUUUAUGAUCAUACUGGAAACUAGCAUUUAUUGCCAGACUAGAAAUAUUCAUGAUUUUUGCAUUCUUCUUUUAUGCUAUCAUUUGUGUGUAACUCGAUCUGCCUGCUUUAUAAGUUGUAUGCCAGCAUGCUUAAUUUGCAUUACUGGAAUAAUGUGUGUGUACAAGUGUACUGCAAAACAGUUUAUGAUGAUUUAUAAGUAAUUGAUGGCUCUGUUGCUAGUUUAUUAUACAUCUAAUGAGAUGCUGGUUUGUGACCAGUCUAUACAGAGACAUCUCUACUUCUGUGUAUGUGAGAUCCACACAUAAAAAGGGUAAUUUUGAACUUACAAUCAAAACUUUUUAUGUAGAUGAUACUUUUCUAGUUAAAGAGUCAGUGGCCAAUUAAAUCUAUUGAUAUUUCUUAGAAAUAUGAACAAUUAUAAAGAUCAGGGAACCUUCAAUCUUAAUGUACUAACACAGAGAUAUAGCCAGUGGAAGAAAUGUAUUUUAGAAUGAUUUAUUAUGAAGUCAGUGCUAUUGGUGUUUGAUUUUAGAACAAUAUUUAAUAUGUGCCAUAUAUAAUAUCAUGGAAAGGUCAAGGUCAUAGACAGUGAUCAGUUUAAGGCUGUGUGUACAAUUUGAAGUUUUCCUUGACAUUUCCUUUUCAUAAAGAGAAGAUAAUCUAGUUGACAAGGAAAGAGGAUUUAAAUAAAUGUGUAGUGAAAUAUUGGAGAGAAUGGAAGAUUAUUAUUAUGUGAAUGUUCAGUACCAAUGAUAUAAAAAUCUAGUCAGUGGACUUUUUGCCAGCAGUAUUUGUAUGUUAUAGCAUUUUAAAAAUGUUUGUUAUAAUUAAGACAAAUAAAAGGUACAGAUUUGAUGUUUUUUGUGCAUAUUUCAUAUUUACACAUAUUUGCAGAUCAAUUGCAACUUCUCAGGCCUUUCUGACAAGUGGAAAAACAACCUCAAAUGUAUUAUGUAGAUGCCAUGACAACCCCCUUUUCACAAAAUUUGAAAUAAACGUGGGAGGACCUCUUAUCUCUGGUGUAUGGAGUUAAACUUUAUUCAAAGUAAAGAUAUUUACCUAAAGUACACUUUAGAAGGGAUUUGUUACUCUGUCUAACCUAUAUUUAAUAAACAGGAAGAUGUAUAAAUUUUUAACAUCCGGUGAUUGUUUUUUCUGACCUCUGACGGAAAGACCAGAGAUGAUGCCAUUGAUUUGCAGAUAUGGAUAUACAGCAGUUACAGAUAGAUAGUAUUUGAGAGUUAUUUAUCAGUAAUAUUGAAUUUUUGCCAUUGGA